CGUCUUUUCCCACCCUCCCCUGCAGAGAAAAGAAGUGCUGGGAAUGCCAUCCGGAGCUCCCUGAAGUCCGAAGAACAGAAGAUCAAAGACGCCAGGAGAGGUCCCCUGGCACCUUUUCCAAACCAAAAAUCUGAAGCAGCAGAACCUCCAAAAACUCCAACCUCGACUUGUGAUUCUACCAAUGCAGCCAUUGCCAAGCAGGCCCUGAAAAAGCCCCUCAAGGGAAAACAGACCCCUCGGAAAAAAGCUCAAGGAAAAACGCAACAGAAUCGCAAACUCACGGACUUCUACCCUGUCCGGAGGAGCUCCAGGAAGAGCAAGGCCGAGCUGCAGUCUGAAGAAAGGAAGAGAAUAGAUGAGCUGAUUGAAAGUGGGAAGGAAGAAGGCAUGAAGAUUGACCUCAUUGAUGGCAAAGGCAGGGGCGUGAUCGCCACCAAGCAGUUCUCCCGGGGCGACUUUGUGGUGGAGUACCACGGCGACCUUAUCGAGAUCACUGACGCCAAGAAGCGAGAGGCUCUGUAUGCACAAGACCCCUCUACGGGCUGCUACAUGUAUUAUUUUCAGUAUCUGAGCAAAACCUACUGCGUGGACGCCACCAGAGAGACAAACCGCCUGGGAAGGCUGAUCAAUCACAGCAAGUGCGGGAACUGCCAGACGAAGCUGCACGACAUCGAUGGCGUGCCUCACCUCAUCCUCAUUGCCUCCCGCGACAUCGCGGCUGGGGAGGAGCUGCUGUACGACUACGGGGACCGCAGCAGGGCCUCCAUCGAGGCCUACCCGUGGCUGAAGCAUUGACGCCAUCGGCCUCCUCACCCGCCUCCCUUCUUCAAAGGACAAAGUGCCCUCAAAGGGAAAUGAUUUUUUUUUACACACUUAAUCUUAGCGGAGUACUUCAGAUCUUUUUAAAAAGUAUAUUAAGAUGCCUUUUCACUGUAGUAUUUAAAUAUCUGUUACAGGUUUCCAAGGUGGACUUGAACAGAUGGCCUUAUAUUACCAAAACUUUUAUAUUCUAGUUGUUUUUGUACCUUUUUUGCAUACAAGUUGAACGUUUGUGCUUCCCGUGCAUGCAGUCAAAGACUCGGCACAGGUUUUAGAGGAAAGAGUCAAACAUGAACUAGGAAGCUGGGGGGUCUCCUGCCUCCAGGUGAAGAGCCGGGCCUGCCCGCACACCCCGACGUCCCAGGAUGGGUGGGUGUGAGGGCGCCGCUGCCUCCCAGGCCUGGGCGGGAUGUCUCCAAGCUCUUGUCUCCUCACGUCUCGACAGGUGCACCUUGAAGUAUAUGAAAUAUUUUUUAAAGGGUUUCGCAGUAAGCUAGUCUUCCCCUCUGCUUUCUUGAAAGCUUACUGGCCUGGGGCCGGGGAGUGCUGCCGGGCCUAGACUUUCUCUUCCACGGGCUGCCGCUUUUCCGGGCACCUUGAAGCAUCAGGGUGGGUAGUCACCCUAGAGGCAGGCAGGGACAGCUCCCUGCACCUGCCAGGGCAGGGCUUCCUGAAACUGGGUUAAUUCUUUAUAGAAAUGUGAACACUGAGUUUAUUUUAAAAAAAUAAUAGUAAAAAUUUAAAAAAAAAAGUCAAAAAAAAGAAAAAAGGAAAAAAACCCACAGAGAACAACUUACAUGUAUAUAGGUCUUGAAGUGAGUGAAGUGGUUGCGAUUUCUUUUAUUUUGGGGUUUUUUGUUUUUGUAGAAGAGAUUUGAGAUGGUACUCUAUUCUAAUCAAAAAUAAAGUUUUGUAGCGGGACCAGAAAUUAUUUCCCCGAUCCCCUCACCCACCUGCCCAGUUCUGCUGGGUUGAAAGUUCCAGAUCUGCUGUGAGGCCUUCUGUUGUCAGACCACCUGGUGUCCUUCCUGUGAAGCGCAGCCAUAACCUGAAUUGUGAGCCUAGAGCUCAGGAUCCCGCCCAGCUGUCUCCACCAGCCUCAAAGAAAGGCAUCUGGUGCACAUGGAGCGGGCAGGGCCCUUAGCCAGGGAGCAAGGACAAGGCUCAGUUCUCAGCUUGAAUGUGAUACCAGGAGGAGUAGCUGGCUUCCUCUUCCCUCCCCAGGGGUCUGAUUCUCACUCACUGUCCACCUUCUGUCCAUGGGGCUGGGGCUCCUGUCCACCCUGGUCCCAGGUAAAUGUGAAUGGAGACAGGUGUGAGAACCUGUCCUCAUCCUUACCCCAUCCUGGGCCUCAUGACGGUGCUACCUAAGAGAGUCUUCCCCCCAUCCCCACUAGCCUGGUCAGUGGUCAGCAAAUUGGAGGAGGAUCCGGCAGGAGUCUUUAAAUGUGAGAUAAAAUGUCUUGGUUGUACCUGUUUGUGGUUUAGCUUUGUAUUUAAGCAAACAAACAAAAAAAGGAAAUAAACUUGAAAAUUAUUUGUCAUCAUAAAAAUGAAACAAAAAUUAAAAUAUUUAUUGCCAGGCAAGGCCAA